UUUCUUCGAGUGCGAAAUGGAGGACUGGGCUUGUCGCAUUUGUUUUUAAGACAGGUAGUCAAUCGAUUUUGUUUCUUUAGAGACGUCGACAACCCAUUCCUUCGCACUGUCUGUCAACUUCGCCUGGGGCAACACUUGCCUAACAUGGUUGUAUCAACCUGCAGCGUACCUGGUGGUGUUUAUGGCUUUCUCCGCGAAGUUGUACUUUCUUGUAGGUUUCUGUCAGUGCGGUUUUCACUUGAAUACUUGAGUCAAGUCCGACGAAGAAAGUUGUACAAGGACCUAUGUGAUGUGUUUUUACCAGUGCCUUUGUAUCGGUCCCUUUACAAUGUAUGCCAUGGCCACACUGUACUAAAGCGCGUCAAGGCGAUGAAAAUAUCGCCAGGUGCUAAGAAUUUCUUUUUUAAAUUACAUACCGGUACGCUGACCGUCAAAACCUGGAUGGCUGCAAAGGGGUUUUACGUUCCUUGGGGCACGCAUUGCAUAAUAUGCAGAAAGGAGGAGACAAUUGAGCAUGUAUUCAUUGACUGCUGGGAUGCUAUCUUUCUUUGGGACGUGCUCCAGCGCACGAUCAAAAAAGAUUUCCCCAUUGAUGCACAUGGCAUCCGCUAUUUGCAAAUACAAAGUGACGACGGUACCCCAUAUGAUAUGAUAAUGCUUAUGGCUCUUCAUAGCAUUUGGAAAUCCAGGAUGGCAGCCAUGCACUUUGAUGUAGAUGCACGAGCACCCACCCAGUACUUCAAAGAGUAUAUAAGAAAUUUUGUGGAUGAACAAAAGCUGCAGGAAUUCAUCCCAGAAUGGUUGCCGCGCAUCGAAUUACUAUUGACGAUAAAAACAUUUUAA